AUGGCUACAAAUAAUCGAUUAAGUCCGAUUGAAUAUCUUGUUAUUAAUCAUUAUUGUUCUUUGAAUGAAUUUGCAUCAUUAAUAUCUUAUGUACUACAAUUUCGUCGUUUAACUGUUCAGAAAAUAAAAAUAAAUAAUUCAAAUCUUAUAAUAUUAUCAUCAUUAUCAAUUCAAUUAAAUAAUCUAAAAUCAAUUUCAAAUUUAAAUAUUUUAACUAUUAUUGUAUCAGAUGAUAUUACUUUUCUUGAUGCUUAUCGAUUGAAAAAAUUGAUCUUAAAUUCUUCUUCUCAAUUAGAAAAAUUUCAUUUUAUAUAUUAUGAACAUCUGGAUAAUGAACGACAGUAUCCAACAUUUAUUGGAAGACAAAAUCAAUUUUCUUCAUCAUUUUGGAUUCAACAAAAAUGGAUAUUUGGAGGCGAAAUUAGAGAUACCGACAUUGAAUAUAUAAUUCGUUCAUAUAGAGACAAAACAACAGAAUUAACUGUUAAGAAAUUUUUUAUUGUGUAUUCAAUAAAAGAAACAAUUCAAAUUACCAAAGUCUAUUUUGAAGAGAUUAAUAAUAUUAAAGAACUUGAUUUUCUUUUCAUACUUUGUCCUUAUAUGGAAUAUUUCAAAGUUGAACGUAUAAAUAUCAUCGAUAUUCAAUCGUUUUUACGUAUUAUUCCAAAAAAAAUUAAUCGAAUUAAUAAUCAUCAUCUUCGUUCAUUAUGUUUUGAACUUUCAACAGCAAAUGGUCAAAUUGGAAAAACCUAUUUAAUUACUGGAUCGGCUGGUGGUAUUGGAAAUCAAACGGCUCUCGAAUUGGCAAAGCGUGGCGCCAAAGUGGUAUUGCUUGCACGACCAAGCAAUCUACAACAAGCGAUCAACGACGUCAAAAAAGUGGCAAGAGAGGAUAAACUCAUCAGCGGUUAUCCUCUCGACUUGGCUGAUCUACUUUCAAUCGAAAAAUGUAUCGAAGAAUACAAGAAAAAUGAGGGCGAAAAUACUUCAAUCACUGCUCUUAUCAACAAUGCCGGAGUAAUGGCCUGUCCAUAUUCACGUACGAAGGACGGCUUCGAAAUGCAAAUGGGCACAAACCAUUUUGGUCAUUUUUAUCUUACUCAAUUACUUCUUCCCCAACUACUCAAAUCAAAAUCACGCGUAGUCAAUGUUUCAUCAAUAUCUCACGCCUUGUUGCAAGUGCCGUGCACACUUGAAACGUACACUGAACAAUUGAACAAACAGACAUAUAAACCUUGGCAUGCUUAUUCGCUCAGUAAAAUAGCAAAUAUAUAUUUUACAAUUGAAUUACAGCGUCGUUUCGGUGCACAAGGCCUUCGGGCUUAUUCUCUUCAUCCUGGAGGAGUUAAUACAGGUCUUCAAAGACAUACAGUUAUAUCUCAAUGGUUCAUCGCUCCUUUACGAUUUCUCCUCUUCAAAACUCAACUAGAAGGUGCCCAAACGAGUUUAUUUUGUGCCGUAUCGGACAAAGCUGUGCCAGGAAAAUAUCAUUCUGAUUGUCGAGAGACCAAAGUCGAUAAUCCGCAUGCGGAAAAUCCUGAACGAGCUCGCGAAUGGUGGGACUAUUCGGAGAAGAUUGUUGCCGAGAAGAUCAAACAACGUCAUUAA